AUGCGCCGUUUCGCUCAAGCAGGCUCUGGCUUGCAGCCCGCAGCCGAGCAAGCCAGCUAUGGGCAGCACCCCACAGUUGAUGCGCACAUCGCUGGUCAGCAGCAGGGAAGCGGCUCGCCAAGCUACGGGCUGCAGCAAGAUGUUGGCGCCGCCAGCACUGGUCAGCAGCAGGGAAGCGGCUCGCCAAGCUACGGGCUGCAGCAAGGUGUUGGCACCGCCAGCACUAGUCAGCAGCAGGGAAGCGGCUCGCCAAGCUACGGGUUGCAGCAAGGUCAGCAGGGAAGCGGCUCGACAAGCUACGGGCUGCAGCAAGGUGUUGGCGCCGCCAGCACAGGUCAGCAGCAGGGAAGCGGCUCGCCAAGCUACGGGCUGCAGCAAGGUGUUGGCGCCGCCACCACUGGUCAGCAGCAGGGAAGCGGCUCGCCAAGCUACGGGCUGCAGCAAGGAGUUGGCGCCGCCAGCACUGGCCAACAGCAAGGUUGCGGCUCGCCAAGCUACGGGCUGCAGCAAGGUGUUGGCGCCGCCAGCACUGGCCAGCAGCAGGGAAGCGGCUCGCCAAGCUACGGGAUGCAGCAAGGUGUUGGCGCCACCAGCACUGGUCAGCAGCAGGGAAGCGGCUCGCCAAGCUACGGGUUGCAGCAAGGUGUUGGCACCGCCAGUACUGGUCAGCAGCAAGGAAGCGGCUCGCCAAGCUACGGGCUGCAGCAAGGUGUUGGCGCCGCCAGCACUGGUAAGCAGCAGGGAAGUGGCUCGCCAAGCUACGGGCUGCAGCAAGGUGUUGGCGCCGCCAGUACUGGUCAGCAGCAGGGAAGCGGCUCGCCAAGCUACGGGCUGCAGCAAGGUGUUGGCGCCGCCAGCACUGGCCAACAGCAAGUUUGCGGCUUGCCAAGCUACGGGCUGCAGCAAGGUGUUGGCGCCGCCAGCACUGACCAGCAGCAGGGAAGCGGCUCGCCAAGCUACGGGAUGCAGCAAGGUGUUGGCGCCGCCAGCACUGGUCAGCAGCAGGGAAGCGGCUCGCCAAGCUACGGGCUGCAGCAAGGUGUUGGCGUCGCCAGCACUGGUCAACAGCAAGGAAGCGGCUCGCCAAGCUACGGGCUGCCGCAAGGUGUUGGCGCCGCCAGCACUGGUCAGCAGCAGGGAAGCAGCUCGCCAAGCUACGGGCUGCAGCAAGGUGUUGGCGCCGCUAGCAUUGGUAAGCAGCAGGGAAGCGGCUCGUCAAGCUACGGGCUGCAGGAAGGUGUUGGCACCGCCAGCACUGGUCAGCAGCAAGGAAGCGGCUCGCCAAGCUACGGGCUGCAGCAAGGUGUUGGCGCCGCCAGCACUGGUCAGCAGCAGGGAAGCGGCUCGCCAAGCUACGGUCUACAGCAAGGUAUUAAUCAGCCCAUUGCCAAUGUGCCACCAGGCAAUGCUUCAACCAGCGCAGCCAUGCACCACGCCAACGCUUUCGAAGAAGUGGUGCUGGAAGAGGCGUACCACCAUGUUGGAGCGAAUGUACUUGUCACCAACCCCUUCGCUGAUUGUGCCCCUGGCCACGCUGGGUUCCGCGAUGGUUUUCCCUUCGCCAUCUCAAAUGUACACCAGUAA